AAAUUUUUUGAUGUUAAAAAACAUUGUUUGUGUUAAAAAAUUGUGGACAACCGUUUUGGACAUAGUAAAUCAGAUAAGAGCAAUUACAGCUCUGUUAUGACUGUACAAAGUGAUACAUUGAAGCUCCUGCAUCCACCUGCAUUUACACAAAUCUAUCAGCAAAAUACGCAACAAAAUAAUUUAAGUUUACAUCAGCAACAUCAAAAUAAUUUACAACAUCAUUUGCAUCAGCAAGCACAGGCAUCGACCAUGCCGCAUACAUCCACAGCGGCGAGGUCACGAUUUAUGAUCACGGAUAUUUUAUCUGGUGGCGGUAAUGGACCACCUGGACAACCGCGAACACCUAGUCCAGGACCUAGGGAUCUUAGUUUACAUGCUGUAACGGCAUUACAUCAUCAUCAUCAUCGACUUGAUCAUAGCCAAAGACUUGAUAAUCGUGAUAACAAUGCGGAUAGUGAUACGGAUUCAAGUGGAAAUCAUGGUGAUAAUUCUAGUGUUUGUUCAAACGGUCAAACAAAUGAAGACUCUUUAAGUGUUGGUGGUGGUUCAAAACGACCGUGUGAUGGAUCAGGUGGACCUGGUAGUAGUUCAUCGUUAAGUAAAAAACAAAGAAAAGCAAGAACAGCAUUUACCGAUUUACAAUUACAAACACUAGAAAAAAGUUUUGAACGGCAAAAAUACCUCAGUGUACAAGAUCGUAUGGAAUUAGCGGCAAAACUUAGUUUAACUGAUACACAAGUAAAAACUUGGUAUCAAAACAGAAGAACAAAAUGGAAACGACAAACAGCAGUUGGUCUAGAAUUAUUGGCAGAAGCUGGUAAUUAUGCAGCAUUUCAACGCUUAUACGGUGCACCACCAUACGGAUGUUGGUACCCACCGCAAGGUGGAGCACCAGGUGCUCCCGGUGCGGGUGCUGCUGAUUUAUAUUACCGACAAGCGGCAGCCGCAGCGGCUGUAACGUUACAAAAACCAUUGCCAUACCGUUUAUAUCCACCGGGUAUCGGUUUAACCGGCUUGGGCUUAGGUGCAACCGGCCCAUCAGCACAUUUAAGUUCAUUAGCUGCAAGUAGUUCAUUAAGUACAUUAAGUAGUUAUUAUUCAUCACCACCACCAAGUCAUCCAUCAGAAGUCAUUCCAAGGUCUCCCAGAUCGCCAUCACCUUCACCUCAAUCACCGUUAAAUCCGGGUUCACCACCUGUUCGAAUAGAUUCUGCCGGACCACCACAUUCUGAAAGUGAUGAGGAUACAAUUCAUGUGUAGUUUUAAUUUACUGCAGUUUUCAUGUUACAGGGAUGUCCAUAUUCAUUUGUUUUAAACAAAAAAAAGUAA